GAACGCCGCCAAAGCGCAUAUGUCGCGCGAUAUGGAGUCACGUGACUGUAUGAGACGACGUAAAGAUUGUUUUUUUUGUUCUCCCCCUCCCACCGGGUGAAAUAUAGUUCAAGGUUUUGUCACAAUAAUGAAUUUGGACACCGUGUAGAAUCAACAAGUGUCGCUAAAAAUGUCAGCAGGUUCUGCACUGUUCAUUCAGUUGGGGAAAUAUUGCUAGAAAACCCACCCUAGCCUGUACAACAUGUCCAAUAACAGUGAGUCCAUAAAGGUAGUGGUCCGUUGUCGUCCUAUGAAUGAGAAGGAACGGGCGGCCACAUUUGAGAGUGUGGUCUCUGUGGAUGUCAAGUUGGGGCAAAUAAUUGUCAGGAACCCUCGGGAUUCUUCGACCUGCAAACACUCCAAAGUUUUCACAUUUGAUUCAGUCUACGACUGGAACUCAAAGCAAAUAGAUCUAUAUGAUGAAAGCUUUAGGCCCCUCGUGGAUUCCGUUCUUCAAGGAUUCAAUGGGACUAUCUUUGCAUAUGGACAAACCGGCACGGGGAAAACAUACACCAUGGAGGGUGUACGAAACAACUCAGAGAGGAGAGGAGUCAUCCCCAACUCUUUUGACCACAUCUUCACUCACAUCUCGAGGUCUCAGAAUCAGCAGUACCUGGUGCGAGCGUCAUAUCUGGAAAUUUAUCAAGAAGAAAUGAGAGAUUUACUCUCCAAGGACCAAUCGCGUCAUCUCGAGCUGAGAGAGAGGCCGGACAUAGGUGUUUACGUAAAAAAUCUGUCGUCUUUUGUCACUCGUAGUCGAGAGGAGAUUGAGAAUGUUAUGAAUGUCGGCAAUCAGAAUCGUUCUGUGGGCGCCACCAACAUGAACGAACACAGCUCUCGCUCUCACGCCAUCUUUGUGAUCACCGUGGAAUGCAGCCAACUGGGGGUGGACGGCGACAACCACAUUCGAGUUGGCAAACUCAACCUGGUGGAUCUAGCCGGUAGCGAACGGCAGACCAAGACAGGAGCUCAGGGGGAGAGGCUGAAGGAAGCUACCAAGAUCAAUCUGUCACUUUCGGCUUUGGGGAACGUCAUAUCCGCUCUGGUGGACGGCAGGAGCAGUCACAUCCCUUACAGAGAUUCCAAACUGACACGCCUCCUACAGGACUCUCUCGGGGGCAACGCCCGCACUGUCAUGGUGGCCAACAUCGGCCCGGCGUCCUACAACGUCGAAGAGACUUUAACCACGCUGCAGUAUUCCAACCGAGCAAAGAACAUCCAGAAUACGCCAUGCGUCAAUGAGGACCCCAAGGAUGCCCAGCUUCGGAAGUUUCAGGAAGAGAUUGCGAGGCUGAAGGAACAGCUGGAGAAGCGUACAGGAAAGAAAAUCAGGAGGCAAAGGAGGAAGGCGGGGGACUGUAGCAACGAUGAAGAGAGCGGCGUCGAGGAUGAGGACGACAAUGUCGAUUAUUGGAGGGAGCAGACGGAGGAAUUGGAGAGAGAGAGGAAAGCGAUCAUGGAGGACCACAGCCUGUUGGCAGAAGAAAAAUCACAACUCCUCCUCGAGAAGGAGAGGAAAAUCAAAGACCUGAAGAAGGAGCAGAAAGAGGGAGAGCUGCUCGCGGCCAAGAUUAAGACCAUGGAGAGUAAACUUCUGGUCGGAGGCAAGGACAUCGUGGAUCAUACCAACGAGCAGCAGAGGAUGCUGGAGCAGAAAAGGCAAGAAAUAGCAGAGCAGAAAUCGAGGGAGCAAGAGAUGCGACAACAGAUGGAAUGUCGCGACGAAGAGACUCUGGAGCUCAAGGAGACCUACAGUUCACUGCAGCAGGAAGUCGAUAUCAAAACCAAGAAAGUGAAGAAGUUGUUUGCCAAACUGGAGGCAGUCAAGGCAGAAAUUCAUGAAAUUCAGGAAGCACACAUCAGUUCACGCCAGGAACUGGAACAGACCCAGAACGAACUCACCAAGGAUCUUAAACUCAAGACGCUGCUGAUUGAAAACUUCAUUCCGUCGGAGGACAAGAAGAAAGUGGUGAACAGAGCCUACUUUGUGGAGGACGGCGAGCGCUGGAAGAUGAGAGCCAUCACUCGUGUGGAGGACGAUCGUCAGAUGCUGAGCAGGCCUCAGUCAGCUGUCGGAUUCAGACGGCCUCUCAGUCACCACGCGCUCAUGGCCAUGAUGAUUAGUCUUGACAUGAGGUACAAGGCAGAGAACCUGCUCCUCCUGGACAUGGACCUUCCGUCUCGGACCACCAAAAACUACCAGCAGCCCGUCAUCGCUCCGAAGGUUGUAGCAGCCCUGAAGGACGCCCUGAAGGACGAAGAGGACCUGGAGGUGGACGCGUCAGAGUGCAAUGCUGACUUUGAACCACUCAGCAGUGCCGGGGGCGGUCUGAGGAGACACAAGUCCGGUCGCUCAAGAACAGACAAGCAGUCCCACGGCGCUUCAUGCAGCCUUCAGAAUCUGACAUCCCCAAUUUACCCACAAUCCCGCGGGCUGGUGCCCAAGUGAAAGGCGUCUACCUCAAGUAUGAGAAACAUUUUUCAUGGACCAGAUGCUUUUCUUCCAGAACAUUCUUGGUGAAUGUGUUGUGUGCCAGGCAGUGUUGGGUUAGUUACUGAAAACCAGUAACUAGUUACAGUUACUAGUUACUUUAUUUCAAAAGUAACUCAGUUACUUACACCAAAAAGUAAUGCGUUACUGUGAAAAGUAACUAUUUAGUUACUUCUUUUUUUUUAAAGCUCCCAUUAAUGCCCUGUUAGCCUUCAUUUCAGUACUGUUAUUGCACUGGAGAAUAAUACAAUCUGUUGAUCAACUUGACGUGCAUUUGCAUCACUGAACUCUGCUAAGCAAUGUGGUCUACGUACCACACACAAAGACAAAGAUAUGUUUCAAAGGGCCAAUUCAUUUCAGGCCAGAACAAAUUUACAAAACUAUUUUAAAUAGCUGCAACAUAACAUACAUAAGUAACAAACAGCAUAAUAACAACAUAGCUGUAAACCAAGGAAGUACUUUAAAUUUAACUUUACAUGCACAAAGCCUAACCAGGCGUUUUUUCUCUCAAGGAAUUCGGAAAUAAAAUCAUGUCUGAAGCCCAGAACACUACGCAUUUCCCCAGUUUUAGUUUAGUUAUGAACAGAAUCGGUGACAAAGGGCAGCCUUGGCGGAGUCCAACCCUCACUGGAAACGUGUCCGACUUACUGCCAGCAAUGCGGACCAAGCUCUGGCACUGAGCAUACAGGGAGCGGACUGCCACAAUGAGACAGUCCGAUACCCCAUACUCCCUGAGCACUCCCCACAGGACUUCCCGAGGGACACGGUCGAAUGCCUUCUCCAAGUCCACAAAACACAUGUAGACUGGUUGGGCAAACUCCCAUGCACCCUCAAGGACCCUGCCGAGAGUAUAGAGCUGGUCCACAGUUCCACGACCAGGACGAAAACCACACUGUUCCCCCUGAAUCCGAGGUUCGACUAUCCGACGUAGCCUCCUCUCCAGUACACCUGAAUAGACUUUACCGGGAAGGCUGAGGCGUGUGUUCCCACGAUAGUUAGAACACACCCUCCGGUUCCCCUUCUUAAAGAGAGGAACCACCACCCCGGUCUGCCAAUCCAGAGGUACCGCCCCUGAUGUCCACGCGAUGCUGCAGAGUCUUGUCAACCAAGACAGCCCCACAGCAUCC